CAUGAUGUUUUCCAACUGCCACUCCAUAACCUUCUUUCCCACUUGCACCAAACAAAAAAAAAAAGGUAACACCUUUGAGCAAUGGAGGCACUGAAGAUGAAGGUUUUCUUGAGUUUGGUUAUUGCCAUGUUGGUUAUGGCAGCAACUGGGGUUUCAGCUGCUGAUGCACCUGCCCCAGGUCCUUCAUCUGAUGCUACAACAACUCUCUCCACUGUCUUUUCUUCUCUCUGUGUUCUUGCAUUUUCUCUUCUCUUCUGAUUCUCCAACAAUUCUUUCAUGUCUGGAGUUGAGGUGGUCGUGUUUGGUGUUUUCUUCUCUUUUUUUUCCAAUCUGCUUCGCUACUGUUUGGUCACUGUACUCUUCUGUGACUAUGCCUUUUUGUUUUCUUGGGAUAUACAUGGGUGACUUGGAGUGAGGGAGAAGAGAAUAUCACAUAUCUAGACUCUUUUUUCAUAUUUACUAUUAUUUUCAUCAUCAUUCUUAUUCUCAUGUAACAAAUUCAUUCUUCCUCA